AUGUUGUCUCAAAUAGUUACGGCUGCUCGAGGUUUGUUCAAAAGACCAGACGGCGCUGAAGACACGGCGUCCGAGCAAGAGCAAUCCUCUGACAUGGGCAUCGCAAGCCAUAAUUCAGCCUUUUCACAGGGCAUGGCCGCUUCGCAAGAUUCCCCGGUUUCGAAUGGAAAGCGCAAAGAGACACCCUCAUCCGCUACAGAUAAUACCGAUAAAAGGCCGCAAAAGAGGCGGAGGGGCCGUCCGAGCUUGAGUGCCUCUCCCUCCCCGGUACCUUCAGCUGCGGGAGAGAGCGCCAAACCCAAGCGAUACCAAGUGCUUGAGUCCGUUACGAUAGUCAGCCAGGCAGAUACAGAUUCUACCUUGACAACUCCCGUGGAUGGCCCGGUGUCCACUCGGAAACCGAUACCGAUGCCUAAAGCAAGUUAUAUCCGUUUUGGAAGCGAGGAACCUACCGCCACCAAUGGCGACAGUCAGGAAAUUAACCAGGAGAACAAGGAUACUACGGCAGAUGCUGCUGAAAGCAAAGACGCAAAUUUGGAAAACGGAGUAGAUGAUGACGAUAGUAGUGAUGAUGAUGCCCCAGAAGCUUUCAGCAACGCCGCCCAGUUAUCACAUAUACGCGAUAAAGAACGCAAAAAAGAAGAAACCAAGCAGAUACACGAGCAAUUGAGACGAGAAAAGCGCAGAGAGCACGAGAAACGUUUACAGCUGCAAGCCGCCUCUAAAGCUGCCAUCCAAAAGGCUGCUGACAUCCGUCAACAGUCAAAAGCUAGAAAGGCCAAAGCAAAACCUGCUAAACAAGACGAGUUACAAUCCGAAAGUUCAAUGACACUUAGCGCUGAACCCAGAGAUCUGAAAUUGGGCCUCUCAGGGCCUUUACCAAUAUUACUCCCGGAUGAUAUCUUGAACGCAGAACCAUCUACUCGCCCGAUAAUUACCGCCUUUGAAAUGGAAAGGUCGAAAACAGCCAACCCCAGACAUAUUAGGCUUACAGAAACGGCCGAUAAGCCUCCCAAAGAUUUAAAAGUAGGGUCAACGGCUAUCAGAGUACUGGGUGAUUCUGGGAGCGGCUUCAACUCUGCUCUACCACCGAAGUCGUCCAAUCUUAGUAAACGCGUCAGAGAAAAUUGGGUUGGUGGGAAACGAAAAAGAGGAGCAACUGGUGCUCUACGACGUACUACAGGAGGGCCCAGCAGCUUUGUGCGAAAGUAG